AUGGCUCCGUCGAACCUUUCAACCACCAACUGAGUAUGUACAUGCUGACACGUUUAGAAACCAUCACCAUGACUCGCCUCGUCUCUUUCGUCUUGAGUGCUAUAUUUGCACUCCCCUCGGCUAUCCAUGCGAAGGAUUCUCAGAUACGCCUCUAUGCCUUCACCAGCGACUACUGCGACGGACCCCCGGCAGGUGGCAACAUCGACAUCAAGCAGAACGACUGCCAGAAUAUCCUCAAUGGAGCCCGGAGCGUCAAGCCCAUGUUCGACCCGAAGCGAGACCAGUGGUUGGACGACAUCAACAAUGAUGGAACGUUCUGUGACGUGAUUACUUACAAGAUCCCUGGUUGUCUAGAUGGACAAGAGCUCAAAACUGUCUCAGUCCCAGAGAGCCUUCAUCAAUGCCUGCAUCCUGGCAAGCCCGGUGAUCCCCUCACCGUGUACUCGGUCAAGUUCCGGUGCGGAACCGAGUCUGCAUCGAGAUCGAGCGAUGUCACCACCACCUCUACGCGAGCCACAUCGUGGUCCGUCGGUGCGGAUCAGAAGCCAACCCCGUAUUUUGGAACGAACACAGUCACGAGCGCACAUGGCAAAUUGGCUGCCCAGUCGCCAGAACCGUGGGCUAAUCGUGUCGAAGCGCGCGGCCCAGCGAAGAAAGGCAACAGCAGGGGUGUGUGGAUGCUUCACCCGUGGGCCGAAUCGGUGAUAUGUUACGAGUGCUACACCACGAAGAAUAGUGAUGAUUUCUCCAGGUUCGAUUGUCGUUCUGGCCCAAAGAACGUGAUCGAUUGUGGUGACAAACCCAUCGCCUUCGACGGCGAGAGACUCACCGUCACACACUCAUCCACCACUACGGUUACCGACCAGAACAGGCCAACAACCACUAUUUAUGAGCUGACUACCGCCACGCUCGACCAAGAGGUGAAGACCGUCACACUCCAACCGCUUGAGAAACGUGGUUCAUGGCGUCUACCCGUUACUUUCGAUCAUCCAUACAGGCCAGGAAAGAAGGUGUGUGCCGAAGCCGAGUGGGAGCAGCGAACCAGCCUGUCCAAGUCCGAGGUCCGCCUCCAGGACAUCAAAGAGGAUCUGAAGAAGUGCACCGAGCCCUCGGCCAGGUCUCUCGAUCUUCUGAAACCCAUCACUACCACCAUGUGGCAGACGUCGACGGUCAAAGAAAUUGUCCAAAUCAAGGGGACUCAAACAGUCUUUGCAUUCCCGCCUGACUUGGGCGAGGAGGCAUUUCAAGUUCCGGCACAUACGGAUCUGUAGAUGUUCAUGGUGGCUGAUCGUUUAUUGGGUCACGUCAUUGUGGGAGGGACAAGGAUUUGAGGUUUCGGGAUAGCUUUGUUCUGCGUGUUUACUUUGCUUUUGUACCAAGUGUUGUAUGAUUAGUGUAGAUAGUUCAACUUGGCAUUGUUGUUGGGCCCG